UGACGAUGUGCAGUGUUUUUGAUUCUCGAUCUCUAGUUAUGACCCAGGGGCCAGGGCUCUAUCUUGAUUCUACAUGUAGCAGAAGCAAGUGUUAGUUUUGCAGAGGAAGAACUGCUGGUCGUCAGCGGUAGACCAGGUAGACUACGGAGCCUUGUUUCAAGUUGUAAACAAGACAUCUAAAAAGCCUUCCUUAUCAAUUUCAAGAAUUUGAAAUUCUGAAAUUGUUCAGAAAGUUAGUUCAUCGACAAAAGGCGUCAUUUGCGCGUUGUCUUAUUAUGCUGGGUAGCUGCUCAGUUUGUGUAUAGCCACAGGCGUGCGGGAGGCAAUGGAGGACAUACCGCAGGGUGCCGAGGAACAGCUGAAGCUCGUUGCCGGCCAGCUAUCUGCGCCUGAUGCCAUCCUUGAACCGGGUGUGACGGAUGACUUGAUUCGCUACAUAGAGAAUGGAGGCUCGGCCACCGAGGUUGUCGCCAUGCUGUCCGAGAACUUCCUUGGCACAACGCAUGCACUGAGCACAAUGUCCUCCUGGCUGGAGGAAGCAGGCAUGGCCAAGGAAGCGGUGAAUGGCCUGGCUGAACAGCAGCUGAGCAGUCUGCUAGUCAAACACUUUGAUGCAACGAAAGCGGACAAUCUCUUCAUGAGUGAGGAUAUCCCCGAGUGGUUGGAGGAAACAGUAGCACAUCCAAUGUGGCGUGAUAUGCUGACGGGCCUAGUGAGCAGUCACGAGAACUGCUACUUCUUGAAGCAUGCAGCAACGAUCAUUUCAGAGAAAGGCUAUCAAACGGGCUGCGGCGGCGGUGCAAGGAGAUCGCUGACAGUGGCGGAGUUUACUGCGCAGGUCGGCCAGCAUGUCGCACACAUCCUUCAGGCGAUCCCGGGUAUCAGUGCCUAUGAGGCGAAGGUCAAGGAGCUGGCAGACCUGCUGUGUGCCGAUCAGCACUUGUUCAUCUACGGCACAGUGCUGCUGCAGUCAGCAAGUAAGCAACGCCACGGUCACAAGCUGCGGCGUAUUCUACAGGAUGUGCUGGCUGCUGGCCUGGAGAAGAACCAUGACGUGCUGCAGCUGAGCCUGGUGCUGUCCAGCAAUCCCGGCCACCAGCGUGCCGUCAUGUCACUGCGCUCCAUGAUCAGUCGCCAGGCACUGAACCCCUCCGACAUCACCGUGCUGAACCGUCUCUACUCCAGCAGUAAUCCACCGCCGGUGGAAUUGCUUCGUCAGCCAGUGUUUCUCGAGCUGUUGAUCACAUGUUUGUUCAAGCCUGGCAAUGUUGUCAAGCCCGAUCAUCUGCCCAUGUACAGCUACCUGCUGGUGUAUGCCGGCUGCGUCUAUGAAUCAGGCAGGCAGGGUAAUCACACCGUCAACACUAGCGAGCUGAAGGACUGCCAGCAGAGACUGGGCAUUGUGCGUGCCAUCUGUCGCCGUGCUGACUCCUCUCUGUCUGACCUACUGGCUGAACUACCUGUACUGUUUCCUCACCUAAGCUUGUCAAUAAUCGCCAUGGCAAUGAUGCGCUGGUGCGCCUUCACUCUCAGCAAGGAGAGUGUGUUCAGCGUCGUCACGGACACCAUUGCCUUGCCAUUUGUGAUACUGGACGAGAUUGCCACCUUGCACCCUGGAAAGCAUCAGGAGAUAUUUGAUCUGUACGUGCAGCUGACCAACAACACUUACCAAACACUGGAUACCCUUGUUCAGUUGGAGCUGAAAAAGACGCUGAUGGAUCGUUUCCUGCACCUGAUCUCUCUGGGCUUUGUCCUGCCGGUCCUGGGCUACAUUCUGACAUGCACAAACGAGUCGUUUGACAGGUCCGUCCUGCGGCACUUUGUCUCGGAGCUGUUGGACAUGGUCGGGCCUCCGUUUUCGCAGCAGUUCAUGGAUGCAUUGCUUCCCGUGGUACGCAACGCUGCGGUGACGUCAUCGCUACGAGUGCCGGACGGCUCCGACCCCGUGUCUGCGUUUAUCGCCUACUGUCAAAACGAGACAGCAUAGUGAUGGUUGCUGUAAAUGUGGCUGCUGCUACUAGUGGUGCAACGCAGAUAUGGACGUGCACGUAAAGUGCUUAGCGGUAUACGUAUCUGAUCUUCAUCCGAAUCGUGUUGCAAUAGUUUAUCCUGCUGUAUAUUGGUGUAGAUACAUCCCACCCCUCUCUCUCUCUUUCUAUUCCACUUGUAUACAUUCUUACACACACCCAUCUCUCUCUCUCUCUCUCUCUCUCUCUCUCUCUCUCUCUCUCUCUCUCUCUCUCUCUCUCUCUCUCUCUCUCUCUCUCUCUCUCUCUCUCUCUCUCUCUCUCUUUCUCAUGCGGUACAUGCAUGUGUAUUAACUGUAUAUCUGCUUGCUUCACACAAUGUGUACAAAAUGACUGUGUACAUAGCUACUACAUGUAGUAUGCAAUCUGCCCUGAGAUUGUCAAACAUCCCGGUGUACAUACAUGUAUUAAUCAUAGUGACUCGACCUGUAAAUAGAGGAUGAUAUCUUGUACAUACAUUUACUUGUCGGCUCUUCAUUGCUUCCGCUGAUUACCUUGCUAUAUCCCCUGCUGCCCUUUACCUAUAGAUCUGCUGUUCUAGGGGGCACUCUCUUUGAACUUACUGCCAUCCGUGCUAUUUUCUCUUUUAAAAAACAUUUUUGUAUUAUUUUUACGAUUUUAAUGUUGUGUCCCCACCCGGUACCCGGACACUUGAUGCAGGUGUUAACAUGUUGUAACCUGUGGUGCAAAUGCAACUUUUCUCACUGCUCUGCCCGUUGUUGACAUGUACAUGAGGUUAACAUGUUGUAACCUGUGGUGCAAAUGCAACUUUUCUCA